AUCGUUGACUCGCGCUGGAACCUGGAACUCCUGAGUCUUGAGUCUGGUGCCUCUGUUUUUAGUAGUUUGGUUUUGUUCUCGUUUUUAACGUCGUGUGACUACAACUCAAAAUACAUAAUAUAUGUGAGCGAUGUAGCUUUCUCCAUAUUUUACUUAAAAACAAAACAGGAAUAUCGGAUUACUGUCCGACAGUUAUGUUCAUUACCUAUCCACUCUAAACAACAAUUUAAUUUCUAUAAACUUAUGGUGACGUGAGCAGGGUAUUUACAAUACAAAAAGUGUUGAAUUAUACGAGAAUGGGCGGAGAUGGAGACCGUGCCCGCUACAAAAGCCGCAGUCACGAGCGCCACAGAAGUCGAGACCGAUGUCGAAGUGUUCGUGACCGAAGUCGAGAUCAAAGCAAGGAACGCGGAGGCCGCCGUCGUAGUAAUGACCGAGGAAGAGUAGAUCGUAGCCUCGAACGUGGUGCAGACCAUGAUGCUCGCGAUCGUAGCCCCGACUCAAGUAAGGAUCGAGCUGGUAGAGAUGAACGCGCGCGUUCCCGGUACCACACAGAGAGCGGCGACCGCGACAGGAAUCAUAGGGACCGAGAGCGUACCAGAGGGCGCAGUUCCUACAAAGAAUUUAGUGGUGGCGGUCUUGGAGGAGGUCUUGGAGGAGGCCCUUCUACAAGUGGUCGCUAUAAACCACAAGAAGAGGAAUUCUUAGAUGCACGGCGUGAAGAGAGAGAGAGAAUUGGACAAAUUGGUGUUUCAUCCAUUUGGGGAAAAUCACCUCUACAUGCAGACUCAGAUGAUGAACAUUCGCAACCUGAAAACUCAAGCAACAGCAAGGAGAAGAAAAAAAGGAAAAAGUCUAAAGAAAAAGAUACCAAACAGAAGCUAAAGAAGUUAAAGAAGAAACUAAAAAAAGUAAAGAAGGCUCGCAAAAAAGCCAAAAAGAAAAAGUCUAAAAGCUCCAGCAGUGACUCUGACAGCAGCGAGGAGGAAAUUUGGGUUGAAAAAGGAAAAGAACAUGAAAUCGAGACUAUAAGAGAUUCCAAGCUGUCUAAGAAAGGCGAGGAAGAGCUGGCUUCGGAGGCGUUCGGACCUACGCCGCGCGUGGGUCCCGCGCUCGGCCACAAGGACUUCGGGCGCGCCUUACUGCCGGGGGAGGGCGCCGCCAUGGCCGCCUUCGUGGCCGAGGGCAAGCGCAUUCCGCGCCGAGGGGAGAUCGGACUCACCUCUGACGAGAUCGCAUCAUAUGAGUCUGUCGGAUACGUUAUGAGCGGCAGCAGACACCGUCGAAUGGAAGCAGUACGUAUCCGCAAAGAAAAUCAAAUUUACUCAGCAGACGAGAAGCGUGCUCUGGCGGCGUUUAGCAAAGAGGAGCGCGCCAAGCGAGAGAAUGCCAUCCUGGCGCAGUUCCGCGACGUGUUGCAGGCGCGCACGCAGCGGCGUGACACAUAGCACCGCCGCAACGUCCACAUCAUGUCAUGUUGUAAAUAAAGACACUUAUGAGAGUAAAUUUUUAUUUUAAAUCACAAA